AUGGCUCCCUGCAUAGCCGUCACCUUGGCGUUGGCCGGAUUCCUGGCGGCCGCUCAUGCUGCAACGCUGGGGGUGGUCUACACCGACGGAGGAUUCGUAGAAGGAACCAAUAAGAAAAUUGGCCUCAUUUCCUCCACUUAUCUGGAUGUUUUCAAGGGAAUUCCCUUUGCUGCUCCUCCCAGAAUCCUUGAGAAAGCAGAGAGGCAUCCGGGAUGGUCUGGGACUCUGAAGGCCACAGACUUCAAGCCUCGCUGUCUGCAGGCCACCUUAUCCCAGACGGACACCCGCGGAGAGAACGACUGCCUCUACCUGAAUGUCUGGGUCCCUCAGCCCGGUAAAUCAGUGUCCACCAACCUGCCCGUCAUGGUGUGGAUUUAUGGUGGCGCCUAUCUGUUCGGUUCAGCGGAGGGCGCCAAUUUCCUCAGCAAUUACCUGUAUGAUGGGGAGGAGCUGGCCCUCCGCGGGAACGUCAUUGUGGUGACCUUCAACUACCGCUUGGGACCCCUGGGAUUCCUCAGCACCGGAGACGCCAACCUACCAGGUAACUAUGGUCUGUGGGAUCAGCAUAUGGCCAUUGCGUGGGUCAAGAGGAACAUCGCUGCUUUUGGAGGAAACCCUGACAACAUCACCAUCUUCGGAGAGUCGGCGGGAGCUGCCAGUGUCUCCCUGCAGACUCUGUCUCCUUACAAUGUUGGGCUUGUCAAGCGAGCGAUCAGCCAGAGCGGCGUCGCCCUGUCCCCCUGGGCCAUUCAGCAAGACCCUCUCCUCUGGGCUCGACAGGUGGGCACAAAAGUGGGCUGUCCCGUGGACGACACCGCCGCUCUCGCCAACUGUCUGAGAAUUACAGACCCCCGUGCCGUUACCCUGGCCUUCAAGCUGGACCUGAUAAACCUUCAGUAUCCCGUGGUGCACUACCUGGCCUUCUCCCCAGUCAUCGAUGGAGAUUUCAUCCCUGAUGAUCCAAUCAAUCUCUUCUCCAACGCGGCCGACGUGGAUUACCUGGCGGGUGUGAAUAACAUGGACGGACAUAUGUUCGCGGGAAUGGACCUGUCUGUCAUCAACAAACCGCAAGAAGAUAUCAAAGCGGCUGAGGUGGAGAAGUUGGUGCAGGAUCUCACGCUCCCUAAGGGCUCAUUAGGAGGUAACUUGGCCUAUGAGCUUUACACAUCAAAUUGGGGGCCCAGUCCUAGCCAGGAGCUCAUGAAGAAGACCAUUGUUGAUGCAGAAACUGAUUAUAUCUUCCUGGUCCCUACACAAGAAGCUCUCGCUCUUCACGCUAUGAAUGCCAGGAGUGGGAAGACCUACAACUACCUGUUCUCCCACCCAUCCCGCAUGCCAUUAUACCCAAGCUGGGUGGGCGCUGACCACGCAGACGACCUGCAGUACAUCUUUGCUAAGCCGUUCACAACUCCACUGGCCUACAGAACAGAGGACAGGGACGUAUCGGCCGCGAUGAUCGCUUACUGGACCAACUUUGCUGCCACAGGGGACCCCAACCAGGGACCAACCAAAGUCCCCACCUCAUGGCUGCCCUACAACACGCUGUACGGCCAGUACCUGGAGAUUAAUAACAGCAUUACCUACAAUUCCUUGAAGCAGGGGCUGCGCUCACCUUAUGUCCGCUUCUGGGCCCAUACUUACCGGAAUUUGCCCAAACUGUAAGCAGC